AUGUUCCGGUCUGAGCAGAACCUCCGGACCUUUUCCACACAAAGUAUUGCAGACGAAGAGGAAGCCGACAGUUCCCCUCUGCUCUCUUCACAAAAUCAGAGCAAGCAGCGAAAGGGGAGCAAUCUGAGGUAUCAAUCGGGUCUGUCCCAAGGAUCGUUUGUGUCGUAUGGUAACACGUCAUUUGAGGUUGAUGCUGAAGUUCCUUUACCAACUGAAACCCUGAGGACCGGCAAAGAGUGGCCAUCUGGGAUAGGAGCAGACAGCGGUGCAGGCACUCCUCGAGAGCUCUCUGUUCAGGAGGCGUCAGAUCUGCUUCCCCUCUUUGGAAGCAACCACAUAUUCAGCAGCAAAAACACUCGAAAGCCAAACCCCCUCUUCAUAGCUGAAGAGGCUCAGGCUUCAAAUCCCUUGUUCUUUGAGAGUAGCUCACCGGAAGUUAGCCCUAGUCCCCGGCAUCCUGUGACAAGGCUCUUAAGCGCAGAACCACCUUUGUCCAAGGAGAACAGUCGGGACAAUCCGGUUUACUCUCCUGCUGAAACGCCAAGAGACUCGCCAAGCAGUAGCUUUGCCUCACUUGAGAAUUACCAGCUCCGAUCUUUUACAGUCCCAGACGUCGCUGCUCAGCUCGAUUCAAUCUCUGCCAGCAUGACUGUGAGUGUGAGCGAUCAAGGCUGGCAGGAUAGCGAGGGGGCGCAGCACUCGAGGAGGUCAUCCAAGCAGCAGGUCUGGAUGGAGUCGGGGGAAGGGAGGGAGGGAGAUUCUUACGCAAACACCAUGCUUGCUGAAAGCCUGAGCUUGUCAGGGCCUCUGGGAAACGUACCUCUCAGCAGAAAGUCCUCUGCAACUAGGUAUGGGCCCUCUCGGCAGCCUAGCGUUGACAGUGCCUUCCCUGGGGACAAGGACUACCCGAGCAUCACCUCACAAAGCCGCAUGAGCCACUCAGGGCCCCUGCAGAGGGAUGGGUCGAGCUUGAAAAUGGAGCCAAUCAGCCACUCCCCGGAGCUUGAGGUCCAGCAGAAACCAAAGAGCAGGCGCGCUAGUAAAGGGGAUCUGUACACUGGUUCUGCCAUGGGGUCGCAGCGCCUGACUGGAGAUAUGUCGAGGGAAGCAGGCGAGCCAAUCAGCGAGAAGGCUGCUGAAAGUGCGCUGGUUGACAUCAGUGAGCUGGAACAGAGAGGUACCGCUGUUCCUCGAGGAGAUUGGCAGCACCUCUUCGGCUCACAAGGAGCAGACCAAGCAACCGUGGUUACCAUCGAAGCAGACUACACAAACGGCUAUGACGACACCCAGAUCAGCCGCCAGGGCUCUCGUCCCCUCUCCAAACGGCCGUCUCUCUCUGGCCCCAUUCUCAGCACGACUAGGAACGGCAGAGACUCCGCCUACAGCAGCCAAAACGUAACGCCAAGCGCGGCUGGACAGAAGGGCGUUACCAGUCUCUCGAGAGCGGGGUCGCAGGCAGGGGAGGACGGCGAGAAGCGGCCGCGGCGGAGCCUGACGCUGAAGAGGGUUUCGGACGGGCAGGGUGAGGAGGAAAACGGACGCGAACGGACGCCCAGCGCGGAGAAGAAGAGCCGCUGGCUGAGGUCGCAUCCGGUGGACCGGGGGCUGGCGGCGCUGAAUGAUGACGAGGAGAGCGGGACGGUUUCGAGGACUAGGCUGGGGAAGGCGACUCCAGGCGAGAUCGCCAUGGUUUCCCUGGAGGCGGCCACGGGCGGGGGCGGCCCCGAAACCCUCCGCAUCGCGCGCAAGCUCAGCGACAGCAGCACUGAGUCGCAGCCGGCGUCCCCCAGCGGCGACCACCCGAUGCGCGGAUCCGACGCGGCGUUCGAGCCGCUGGUGCCGCUUAAACCCCUCAAACCCCUCAAGAUCAUCCCCAACCAGGUGGUUAUGCCGGUGAGACUGCAGCCCGCGCCGGCGCCGGCGCGCAAGCAGAAGCGGUUCUGGGAGAAGUCAGCCUUCCGGUGGUCCGUGGCUCUGGGCGUGAUUGUCCUGGUAAUUGUGGUGGUGGCUGUGCUGGCGUAA